AUGAGUGAUAAUUGGCGAUUAGAUGUGAAAUUUCAAGGUCGAUCGAUUGACCUCGUAGGACGUCUUCCAGCUGAAAAACGUGCGCUCUUACGGGACUUUCCACGCCAUUUGGCCGUUGGAACGAAAGCCAAAUUGUCUGCGAUUCCUCUAAAGGGGUUUUUCUGUAAAUUUUUUGCUAAAAACAGCGAAGAAUUGAAAGUUUACAUGAAAAAACACGAGUGCGCUCUGUGUGUACAAUUUGUGGCUUCGACGUUUAAUUUUACGCUCUAUUUGCUGGUACCAAUGGCAUUAAAAGGUCUCAAGUGUCUGCAUCGAUUACGGAAAAAUGGAGCAAGUCCAGAUUCUAUCAAAUCUCUCUAUACGGACCGAGAGGGUGUAGUGAUUGGAUUUAUUGUGUCGGAAGUGAACGUAGAGAUGGAAGAAAAGCUGCAUGAACGAAUGAAAGUAAUGGAAGAACUGGAAUCGACGGCUAAGGCAAUGUCGCAUACAUUUGGCGACCCAAUGUUGGAAUUUGAUUUGCUGAUCGAUCAGUUGGAUACCAAGCCAUCGGCUAUUCAGGCCUGUUCGAAAUUUAUUGUUCGGCAUCAGCAUUUGCACGUCGCCAUUUGUCAGAAACUAGCUCAGACAAUGGAUGCGAUGCAGUCUUUUAAAGCACGAGCGAGUAUUGUGUACGUUGUUCACGAUGUAGUUAAAUCGGUGCGUGCAAACUACCCGCAGAAGGACCGUAAUGCUAAGAUGCGUGAGUCUGCACUAGUACUAUCUCUUGAAAAGAUUCUGUUCCAGCUGGUGCAAAAACUAAACGGGGAUGUAAAGCACAAUCCGAAUAUUCGGGCAGUAUUCGACUUUUGGACAAAAUGGGGAUUGCAGUACUCGGUGCCAGUAAAAGAUGAGGCGGAUUUAAAACACGACCCUAUGCUCAAGAUUGAUGAGACAUUCGAGAUGUUGCAGCGCGAGGUAUCGCUAGCGUCCGAUGCUCCAUCAUCGCCUAUCAAACCGUCAGCGCCCCCCGAGGUUGUGGCAUUUAUGAAAAAGCACAACAUUCAGCCGGGCCCGUGGGAAAUAUACUUGGGACGUGCGUCACCACAGGAAUUAGAGGAACUUGACUCAGUCCUUGACUUGAAUACGAAGUAUUUCGGCUUUAACCACUGGGAUCCGUCCGAGAAAGGAGGUAGACGCGGUGGUGAGAUGUUCCUGCACCAUUACACCAAGUCGAUGAUGUCUUGGUUGCUGCAUGCAUCAACAUCAACGUCACAUUCGAGCUCCGCGAAAAGAAAAAACAUCAAAGACUCUUUCAUUUUGCUGCGAGAUGCAUUCUUAUGCACGUGGGAUCUUGAUCCAACAGCAGCGCGUGCGGUUUCUGACAUUGAUCGCUCAUUAUUAGACGACAUGUGGAGGAAAAUGGAAUUUGUGAAGUGUCAAAAUCCUUCAGCAUUUGUAUUUGGAAAGAUCAGACGGGUGAAGACAAUUCAAUUUGCAAAUAGCCCUGCGACAGAUGCAAUUCUAAAGACAGUCGAACACGAGUCCAAGGUGAAUUCGAGCGCACUGGUGGCAGAGCUUAUCAAGGUAUUCAAGCUGGACACAAUGGCGCGUGAAAUGGUUGCCAAGGUCAAGUCGAAAUCUGAUUUAUGCUACAUUGCAAAAGAACUUUGCAACCGUUGCCGCCAUCAUAUGGUGGCAAACCCAUCCGUGCACAUGGUUAAACUCUGCCAAAAGGUACAUGCGGCUAAUAAUCCGAUGAAAGCUUACUCUUCUGCCAUGAAAAGUAUGAUUUCCCGGCAGAUGAAGAUGUCUGCAAUAUUUGACAAGGAAGCUAAGAAAAAGCGAAAGCUGGAGGGCAUUGGUGUUUCUUCUUCUCCCGUCACGGAAAGUGAAGCCUCUAGUUCUCCCCACUUCGAUCUCACAGAUGCUGAACUGGCUGCUGUAAAGCGACGCAUCCCAAAACCCCCGAAGUUGCGGUUCAAAAAGGUUGACACAAAAACAAUUACGUAUCAGGAGACGAACGAUAAUGGCACAGUUGGUGUUGCGGUUUCCGGUAUUCCUGAUGCUGGAAGAGGACUAUUUAACUUGUCAGCUCAUACAUGGCCGGCGUUUUCGGUUGUCUGCAUUUUCGGUGUCCGACGAAUUACAAAAGAAAUGCAUCAUGAUGGCCUGAAUAAGGUAGCACGUUGCGGAGAGCUAGGAGAGACUUUUGUCGUUGUUAAUGGCACUGUGCGCGAUGUAGACAAGUUUCAAACACAGUACGGCCACCGUUUGAUGCCUUUUGACGGUUUGGUGGACGCGGACGGAUCGGUUGGUGGGUUUCCAAAUGACCGUGUGUAUGAGUACCCUGCAGACGUUUAUUGGGACGCAUCUGGAUUCUACAACAACUGCAUUCUCGUGCCCGGCUGUGUGAUUGAGAAUCCGCAGGAUACAACAAGUCCGAUCAUAUUGAAUCAGCUAUAUAUCGUCACGUGGAAGGAAGUAGCAGUGCGCGAGGAGUUUUUUUUGGCGUACGGAACGUCGUAUUACGAGGAGGAUGGAAAGACUGUACCACAAGUGAGAGAAGCAGCACCUACUUAG